CCUUUCCUUUUACUUCUUUCGACUAAGUAAACAGAGUCGUGUCUGUCGCCCUCUCUCCAUUAUUCGCCGUGCUCCUCUGAAGUCUCAGUCACUCCCUUUGACCUGAGUUCAGAAACUCCAGUGUCAAAAUCAUAUUGGACCGAUGGACUAGUUCUGAACUACUUUCUAAAAAAUCCAUGAGAACAGAACAAGUACUGUUGAGAAGAUGGAGAUCACUAAUGUGAUGGAGUAUGAGGAAAUUGCGAAGAAGAAACUACCCAAGAUGGUGUAUGACUACUACGCGUCUGGUGCAGAAGACCAGUGGACUCUCACGGAAAACCGAAAUGCGUUUUCAAGGAUUUUGUUUCGGCCUCGGGUUCUUGUAGAUGUAAGCCAUAUAGACGUGACGACAAUGGUUUUGGGAUUCAAAAUAUCGAUGCCUAUCAUGAUUGCUCCAACAGCAAUGCAAAAGAUGGCUCAUCCUGAUGGAGAAUGUGCAACAGCUAGAGCUGCGUCAGCAGCAGGGACGAUUAUGACACUAUCCUCAUGGGCUACAUCAAAUGCGGAAGAAGUUGCUUCGACAGGACCUGGAAUUCACUUCUUCCAGCUUUACGUGUUAAAAGACAGAAAUGUUGUCGCACAACUUGUGAGGAGAGCUGAAAGAGCUGGUUUCAGAGCAAUUGUCCUUACCGUGGACACACCGAGGCUUGGUCGCAGAGAAGCUGACAUCAAGAAUAGAUUUGCUUUGCCUUCAUAUCUCACACUCAAGAAUUUUGAGGGUUUGGAUCUUGGAAAGAAUUAUAAGACAAAUGACUCAGGUCUUACCACUUACGCUGCUGAACAGACAGACCGAUCUCUAAGCUGGAAGGAUGUCAAGUGGCUUCAAACAAUCACAACACUGCCAAUUCUAGUGAAGGGUGUUCUAACUGCUGAAGAUACAAGGCUAGCUAUUCAAGCGGGAGCUGCUGGAAUCAUAGUGUCCAACCAUGGAGCUCGGCAACUUGAUUAUGUACCUGCAACCAUCAUGGCUCUGGAAGAGGUUGUAAAAGCUGCACAAGGAAAAAUUCCAGUUUUCCUGGAUGGUGGGGUUCGCCGCGGAACCGAUGUCUUCAAGGCAUUGGCUCUUGGAGCAUCUGGGGUAUUUAUCGGAAGGCCUGUCCUGUUCUCACUGGCGGCCGAGGGCGAACCUGGUGUGAAGAAAGUGCUUCAAAUGCUCCGUGACGAGUUUGAGCUGACUAUGGCAUUGAGUGGAUGCCGCUCGUUGAAGGAGAUCACCCGCGACCAUGUCAUGACUGAGUGGGACCGUCCUCGGAUCUUACCUCGCUUGUGAAUGUGGUGCCUCUUCUUGGUUUGUAUUGUGGAUUAACAGUGUGGAAUUUUACUGUCCAGGAACUUGUAUUUGCAGAAUAACAACGCAAUGUCCCUGGUUUGGGAUUAUGCGAACUCGGGUCACAUGGUGACUUCCUCCCAUGUAUCGAUGCCUAUGUCUGCUCUUAGUUGUUCCUUCUCUCCGAGAAAAUAUUAUGUACCUCUUAUGCUCCAGCGUGGCAAAUGAGAAGGUAGCGAGAA